ACGAAGGAGCCGACAGCAGGUGCUUGUUCACACCAGGUCGUGAACAUGGAAGACCCUUUUUUACUGCUUGUCAUAUUGACCACACUUACGUGUAAACAUAACAUAAUAGGGGCUGAUCUAACGAAAGCACCCGGUCACAUGAAACCCUUUGGGUACGGAAGACCGAUGGUUGAAGUGGAGGAAACAUUCGUUACACCUGACCCCGAGACCUUUUGGAAAAAUAAUGUUUAUGCUCUCAAACCACUGAAAAUGAAAGGCGCUGCUUCAAUAUCACCGGCGUUUUCAAAAUGGACAGACGAUUACUUUCUGUCGCUCGACAUGUCUAACGAAAAUACAGUGACGGUCGAAACAGUGAAAAAGGAAAGCAGACAACAAAAAAUUGUGCAAAUGGAUUUUCAGCGAUUUGUGCAAGAAUACAACAACUCCGAGAUUUAUAUGGUGAACUCAGUGCCUCAGACGAUAUGUAAAGAUGUAGUUUUACCGUGUCCACUUCAGUGUCAGUAUCUAGUGGAAAAGGGACUGGUAGAAGCGCUGAUGUGGUACAGUAGCGGAGGCACCAACUCAGUAGUACAUACAGACUCGGUAGACAACAUCAACUGUUUGUACCGCGGCAAAAAGGAGUUCAUCUUGAUCGACCCCAGCAAGUAUGGAGACAAGGUGGACCUCGACCAUCCUGAGGGUUCCUACUCUGCAGUGGAUGUAGACAGUGUUGACUACACAGCGUACCCAGGUCUGGCAGAGGUGGAGUACAUCCAUGUCAGCAUGGAGGCGGGCGACUGUCUGUAUAUACCAUAUAGGUGGAUCCAUCAGGUUCGUUCCUAUGCUAACAAUCUUGCGGUCAACAUCUGGUGGAACCAUCACAUAGCACCAGAGAUCAACCUUGACCUUUGUAAUGCCCAGUGUGACCUUGACCUGACCUUGGAUGCUCUAGAAUUCAGGGGCUUUGGAGAAGUGACAACUGUGGAUGGUAUAAGGGAUCACUUUGAAACAUUUUUGGGAGUAUCAAGUCGAGUUUCUUUUAAAAGAUUUCAAAGAGCAUUACUUGGGGAAGACCUUGAUAUGCUAAAGGAAAGAAAUGCGGGAGACGAACAUCUGUUGUACCUGAGGCAGAUAUUCACGGUACUAGAUGGAAACUUAGAUGAUAUAUUAACUAAACAAGAAGUCAAGGAUGCCACACCAGAGAACUGGACUCAAAUCCAAAAAGUUAUGAUGGAAAUGGAUAGUUAUUUGGACAGGACACUUGGAGUUGCCGACGACAACCAACAUGAUGAACUGUGAUAGGCACAAUCGCCAUAGCAACCAAUGAUAUCAGGAUGAGCUACAGUAAUCCAGUCAAAUACUGUCAAUAUCACAAUGGUUAUUAGGUUUAAGUCAAAGCAUGAUUGCCAAAGUAUAGAAUACUUAAAGUUCAAAGACAUCAUUGAUACCAUUGUAAGUUAUCAGCAUUUUGAUAUUUCAGUUUUCUUUGUUACAUAACAUCAUAAUGCAAUGUAUUAACACUUACUUAGUUUGUUUAUAUAUUUAUAUGAUGUCACUUGGAACAGUGAUAUCAUAAAUAUGACCAAAUAUGUCAAUUAUGACAGUGAAUAUGAUAAAAAAAAUCUCAAACUUUUUCCAUUCCAUGAUAUUAUGAUAUUUAUGAAACUAAUUGAAGGUUGUUUUAUAAAAGUCAUAAUAAUAGGAACGUCUUUGAGAUCCUUUAUUUAUUUUCGUAAUAUUUUUUUAAAUGAUUUGUUCAGUACUGUUACAGAGAAUUAUUUAUGUUUGCCAAAGGAUCUGUGUACUUCCAUAAAGGUGUAUGUGAGUGAGGAGUAUUUAUCUGUGAACUCUGUACAUGUGUGUGAGGAGUAAUUAUCUGUGAACUCUGUAGAUGUGUGUGAGGAGUAAUUAUCUGUGAACGCUGUAGAUGUGAGUAAGGAGUAAUUAUCUGAAAGCUGUAGAUGUGUGUGAGGAGUAAUUAUCUGUGAACGCUUUAGAUGUGUGUGAGGAGUAAUUAUCUGUGAACGCUGUAGAUGUGUGUGAGGAGUAAUUAUCUGUGAACACUGUAGAGAACUACCAGUGCUGUGUGAGGUAACGAGACUUUAAAUUCUGUAAAGAUUUACUGUGAGGUAAUAAAUGCUAUUAAGGUUUACUGUGAGGUAAUCAAUGAUGUAAAGGUUUACUGUGAGGUAAUCAAUGCUGUAAAGGUUUCCUGUGAGGUAAUCAAUGCUGUAAAGGUUUACUGUGAGGUAAUCAAUGCUGUAAAGAUUUACUGUGAGGUAAUAAGUGCUGUAAAGGUUUACUGUGAGAUAAUCAAUGCUGUUAAGAUUUACUGUGAGGUAAUCAAUGCUGUAAAGGUUUACUGUGAGGUAAUAAGUGCUGUAAAGGUUUACUGUGAGGUAAUAAGUGCUGUGAAGGUUUACUGUGCGGUAAUCAAUGCUGUAAAGGUUUACUGUGAGGUAGGGGAUGUGUCUUGUGUAUAGGUUUACUUGAUGAGUGUUAUGCAAGCAGAUUUACCUGAUAACAUGUGCUGUAACGAUCUCCCAAUGUCUGUGAUAUAUUUUAUGAUUCCCGUUAUAUUUGACUGUAUGCAGUUGGUACAUGCAGUGAUACUUUACUACAAGGUGUUGAUGAACCCAGCCAGUCAUACAGGGUGUCAAUAUGUACCAGGGCGUCAUUAUCUGUGAACACUGAUACUAGGGCUAUUAUGUCUCAGCAAUGUAGAAAUCCAGGUUUCUUUUGUAACACCUUAGUCAACUCAUUAUAAUAAUUUUAAGCCAAUGUUACCUGACUAGGUUAAUACUUCACUUUGUCGGUUUUGAUCUUGUGUUUUAAGGUCUACCCAAAGAGUGCCAUAAUUGUAUUGCCCCUUAUCUGUAAUGUUUUUGGCUUUUAAUUUGGUCACGAAUCUCAUGUGAUCGUUAAGGUCCCAUGGCUCUCUAAUCUUGUAGUCAAGGAAUAAGGCAUUUUUCAUUGUUAGCUCACCUGCCCGAAAGAAUUCUGCAUUAUUUUUCAACAAAGUGCUCAUAUCAAUUAAGAUCCAUUUUGAUUGUUGUGGUUUUUCUAAGCAAAACUGUAAACAGAUAUUAUAUGCAGGACAUGCAUUAGAUUUAGAUUUUAAAGUUGAAUUUCCUGUUAACACCUAUAUCAGUAGGGUAUUCAGGAAUAAUUUAGGGCCGAGUGUGCCAGGGAACUAGUGUUUUCAGAAUGUAAUGUAUAUAUUUUUAAGAUGAAUUGCCAUUCCUGUGCAUGAUGUGUAUAGAUGAACCUCAGUACUGACAUACAGUCUACAAAUCAUAUGUGUGAUUUGAGAUUAUCUCUUGAAAAAGUUUGUUCAAAGACUUAUAUUUUUCGCCAUUGUCUAAAUGUUGAUUGUAAUAUUUUAGGUCAUCAACGAAAGAAUUGAAUUGAGGUCAGCAAUUUCAUUUUUAUCACAAAUAUAUUGCACAAUAAACACUUUAUACAUUUA